GGGCUCACAAAGCCAGUCUAAUGAAAAAGGUGGCCGCUCAAGAAGCUCUGCCGUUACACAAAAGCGCUCUAAAUCACUGCACUCUUUUUUUUUUUCUUCCUGAAAUUACAUUUCGGAUUCACUCGCUUCGCUUCCGACGCGAAGCCGGAACACUUUCGGCGCGAGGGUUUUUUUUUUUUUUUUUCGUAUUUUUGUUCCGCCUAACCGAGAACAAAGGGUCAGAGUCUGGGUUGUAGACAAAAGGAGCCAAUGCUGAAAUAUUCAGGCAACAUAGCCGUCGACGUGUUGCCAUUUUGACGGGCCUAUCGUCUCUGUGUGCGUUCACGUACGUGUGUUUGAGUGAGAAUUUUCAGCUCCACAGAUAGAGAGAGAGAAAGCGAGAGAGAGGGAGAGACGGUCGAGGGGCGGGGAGGCGGAGUGGAGGCGGAGGAGGAAUGCGGAGCACCAUCCAGUGCUGAGAACGAGAACAUUUGCGCAGAUAGUCUGCGCUGCUUGCUCCAAACGUCCAGUGUUCCUGCCGCUGAAGUUUGUUUUACAAUCAAAUAAAAAGAAGAAGAAGAAGAUUAUUUUUUCUCUGUGCGACUGCUGCUGCUCCACCUGACUGCAAAGUGUCUGCGAGGGCAAAAGCAAACCCGUUGGCAUCCGGAACCUGUGACAGCAUCAAGGAUCAAACAUGGUGAUCAAAGUGUACAUUGCAUCGUCCUCUGGAUCCACUUCGAUUAAAAAGCAGCAGCAGGAUGUGAUGGGCUUCCUGGCGGCCAAUCGGAUUGAGUUUGAGGAGUGUGACAUUGCAGCCAACGAGGCCAACAGGAAGUGGAUGAGAGAGAAUGUUCCGGAGGAGUCCAGACCCACCACGGGGAAUCCUCUACCCCCACAGAUAUUUAACGAAAGCAAAUAUUGCGGGAACUACGAGGCCUUCUUUGAUGCCAGAGAGGACAACGCUGUGUAUGCAUUUCUGGGUCUGACUGCUCCCCCGGGUUCAAAGGAGGCCGAGGCUUUGGCUAAGAAAGCACAGCAAUAGCAUCCUUCACACCGCUCCUACGCGUGACUCCAGACCCACCCCGAAACCAGACUGACCCUUAUUAGGUCCAGGAAAAAUACAGACAACUCUUCACUCAGCUUAUAUUAAAAAUGUGGACUGUUUUCACCUUCCUCACUCAAUGUUUUUUUUAUAAUUGACCCUAGCUGUGCCUUGUGAGUAGUGAGCAGAGGUACUGUACCAGAGAAGAGUGCAAUGUAUAUCUCGCAGCAGCUUUGCAGCCUCUUAUAACCUCAGCCUGCAAAGUCUAUUGGUCUAACGAUGCGUCAAUCAACUCUGACCAUCAAUGAGUAGCUGCCUUUUUAUAGAACACAACAUCAGGCACAAGCAAUUUCCCCAAUCUCUGUGACUCAGAUCCCGGGUCAUCUCUGGUAUUAGAGGAUUCAUCACUUUCCAAACAUGACACAUAGACGUCUUAAAUCUUGAAAACGCAGAAUGAAACAUUGAGCUCAUGUCAGUCGUCCUGAAACGUGCAUAAAACUAUAGUCCCGUUCUCUGUGUUUAAUUUACUUGUUACUGUCUUAAUGCUAUUUUCAUAGCAAAUUGUUUUCUAAGAUAAUAGUUGUUGGGGGAAAAAAGACAAUUCAUGCCAAAAUGGCCCCCAAAAAAAAGGGAUGCUUUUGUACUCGCUUGUUUUUGUUUUUGAAAGUUGUUGGAUAGCAGUUUCUUCUUUCCGUAGGACUCCUUUUUCACUAUGUGUUGCUGAUUUAUUUUUGGUGUCCUCGCUAAAGUUAAUGAUAAAAAAAAAGGCUAAAUCACAACUCUCAAUGAUGAAAGUUCAAUAUGAAAAAAAAACUGGCUUCGUGUUAUUGUUUGUUUUUGUACAAUAAAUAAUUUCAAGUUGACAGAA